CCCGCGCUGGCCGGGGGAGCGGGCCGAGGUCGUGGGCCGUCCGUGCUGCGACCGGCAGCUACACAGCCCCGCCUCCAAAUUCGGGACUCAGGGUGGCAGGCCCCCCCUCGGGAACCCUGGGAAGCCGGGUUCCUAGCGGUCCCGGGGAGGGAGGGACCAGCCCCCGCUCGGGGCCUCUAUCAAGGUGGCCUCGGCCGCGAUUUGGGGGUCAGGAGAUGGAGGAGAAGCGUGAGUGUCCCGGCUUGUGCCCCUAGCUCUCGGUGCCUCGCGCUCCUGCAAAACCGCUUCCACCGAAAGGGACCUGCGAGAAAUUCGUUGGACGCCGCCGACAGUGACAAACCCAGUGCCCCUGGCCUUUCUAGUUUUCCUGGCAGGUUGAUUUCGAGGCAGCAUGUCUGCUUCAAUGAAAGAAUGCCUUCAGCUUCAGCUGCUGGAGAUGGAAAUGCUGUUUUCUAUGUUUCCUAACCAAGGAGAAGUAAAACUGGAAGAUGUGAAUGCCCUGACCAAUAUUAAGAGAUACUUGGAAGGCACAAGGGAGGCGCUGCCACCAAAAAUUGAAUUUGUGAUUACACUGCAGAUUGAGGAGCCCAAGGUUAAAAUUGAUUUGCAAGUGAGCAUGCCUCACGGCUACCCCUGUGCAGCGCUGCAGCUGUUUGGACGCUCCUCUGAACUCGACAGACAACAGCAGCUCCUUCUCAACAAAGGUCUCACUUCUUACAUUGAGACUUUUGAUCCAGGUGAGCUCUGUGUCUGUGCGGCAAUCCAGUGGUUACAGGACAACAGUGCCCCAUAUUUCCUGAACAGAAAGCUUGCCUAUGAACCAUCUGCACAAGCAAAGCCGGUCAAGAACACGUUCCUCCGAAUGUGGAUCUACAGUCACCAUAUAUAUCAGCAGGACCUAAGGAAGAAGAUUUUGGAUGUUGGGAAAAGGUUAGAUGUGACUGGAUUUUGCAUGACAGGAAAGCCUGGUAUAAUCUGUGUGGAGGGCUUCAAAGAGCACUGUGAGGAGUUCUGGCAUACCAUCAGGUAUCCCAACUGGAAACACAUUUCCUGCAAGCAUGCCGAGAGCAUGGAGACAGAGGGAAAUGGGGAGGACCUGCGCCUUUUCCAUUCUUUUGAAGAAUUACUCCUUGAGGCCCAUGGGGACUAUGGGUUAAGGAAUGACUACCACAUGAACCUGGGUCAGUUUUUAGAAUUUCUCAGAAAACACAAAAGUGAGCAUGUUUUCCAGAUACUAUUUGGUAUUGAAAGCAAAAGUUCAGACUCCUAGGAAGCUGUUAAGAGGCUUAUGCUUGUAAUGUCGCUAAGUCAGUAUUUUUGUUAAUAAGACCAAAAUAAAAGAGCUAGUGGAUGUUCAGCAUCCUCUGUGAGAAACCGAGCUCCAGAAAUUUCACCUGGUAAUGAAACACACAGGCCUUUUAACUUUAUAACAGUGCAAUUGUCAUGCUGUCUCUAUCUUCUUGUGUUGAGAAUUAUUUAAGUGUAAAUUAAUAAAAAAACAGUCAAUUUCACCG